UCUUUUCUAGCCGUUAGGAUUAAAAUUGAAUAAUCAUCAAUCACUCUGUUUCUUCUUCUUCUUCACCUGAACACUUUUUAUUUUGUCGUUCUUAUCACCAGCCAUUUUGAUCCGAUUGGUUACAGAUCUCAGGAAGAGAUGAAGUCAUCGAGGAUGAAGUUUGCAAAGAAGUUGAAAUCGAUCAGAGCUGCGGGGGAGUAUCUGAAUCAGGAUCGGAUUCUGCAGGUGAUUUCAGCUGCAGAUGAGCUUCUUCCAAAGAUAUCUAAUCAGAUUACAGCAGGUUCUAUGAUGUGGAGAGCCCCUCCUCAACAUCAAAUUGACGACGCAACGACGGAACUCGCGGAAAACGAGAAUAAAGGAGAAGAAGCUUCUGGGAACGAGGAGAAUAUCCGUCCACCCGUAAAUCAAAUUCCGAGAGACAUCAAAUCGGCGGUUAUGGGGAGAAAGAGUUUGGGAUCUGGAUUUAGAAGACCUGAGUUGAAUUCGAUCACACUCUUCGAUCCUAAGCUGCUCGAAGCCUUCGAAUUAGCUGUGGGAUGCUUCAGGAGAAUCAACGAUUUAUCCAGAAACCCCAAUCUCGAUGAAGACGAAGACGUUAUCGCCUUUCCCGCCGAUGAAAGCGGAAUGGAGAAAGUGAGCAUCGAGGACACCCUUCCUCCCCUCGACGACGAACAAGAAGAAGAAGAAGAUAGAGGGCAAGACCUUGAGAUUGUAGCCGAAGAAGAGCCGCUGAUGGGAUUUGAGGAACGGUGUCCUCCUGGAGGAGAGGAGUCAGUUGUAUUCUACACAACUUCUCUUAGGGGAAUCAGGAAGACGUUCGACGACUGCAACAUGAUCCGCUUCCUCCUCGAUAGCUUUAAAGUCAAAUACUACGAGCGGGAUGUGUCCAUGCACAUACGCUACAGAGACGAGCUUCGGAGAAUUUCAGCAGCGGCGGAGGAAACAGAGGUCUUGCCUCCGGUUCUGUUCGUUAAGGGAAGGUGCAUCGGCGGAGCUCAGAGGGUAUUGGGUCUGCACGAGCAAGGUAAGUUCAGGGCUUUGUUUGAGGGUGUUCCAGUCGCCGGAGAUACACCUUGCGGGAGGUGCGAUGGGUUUAGGUUUUUGAUGUGUGAUGGAUGCAGAGGUAGCCGACGGAUUGUCUCUACUGAUGGUUCCAGGAUUCAGUGUUUGUUAUGUAACGAGAAUGGCUUGAUUGUCUGCCUUGAUUGCUCCUAAAUCUACCAUUUUCUUCUUAUGUGUGUAUAUUUGGUUUCAUCUUUUAUUGAUAUGAUUCUUUUUAA